CAGUAGCGGAGGUGGUUUGUGUUUUGUGUCGCGGUCUAAAAAGUCGCCCGCCGUUUGUUGUCCGUGGAACGGAACCGCUACCGUUUUUUUUAGUAAUGGGGGUGAGGGGGCAGGGGGUUUGCCGGUUUAGACAUGCGCACAACAUAUCGCCAAAAGGGCGCCUUAUUGCCUUUUAGUUGACGCAAAGUGCCACAACUUGUUUGGUGUCCGUGCACUUUGGUUCGAAUCUCGCCCACUCGGACUAGGUCCACUUGUGCGUGCACCGUGCGUGCCUUUGACGCACGCCGCCGGACGCCCACCCCUCUUCCACGCGAAAGACUGGGAGGACUUGUUGCGCCUGGAGAGGAGGGGGGUGCGGGAGGACUGGUGCAUCAGUCACAGUCUGGUCCAGAAGAACCGCACUCUGCACCUGGUUGCGUUCACGGACCGAAGGUGCGGCUCGGUGCUCCGUGCGUGCGUUCUGACAUGUUUUAAAUGGACAAACUUUGCUCGUCUUGAUUCAAUUCCGCUGCUUGUCUUGACUCAUCUCCGACCGGCUCCAACAUGUCGGAGCGAGACAGCGACGGAGCGCCGGACUUCAUGCCGGCUAGGGUGUCCCGAGCUCGGCGGAGUGGUGUCAUCCUGCCCGGUGGUGGCGGUCAGGACCAGGAGACCAUCCUGCUGGAGUCCGCGAAGGCAGCACCGCGGCGAAGCAGCAUCAUCAGGGAUCCUUCAGUGCAGAAGGUGGGCGGCAGCAGAAAGAAGACUGUGUCCUUCAGCAGCAUGCCCUCUGAGAAGAAGGUGAGCAGCGCGGCCGACUGCUUGGCCUUCAUGCAGGGCGGCUGCGAGCUGAAGAAGGUGCGUCCCAACUCCAGGGUCUACUGUCGUUUCUACACGCUGGAGGCCGACCUGAGCUGCUUGCGCUGGGAACCCUCCAAGAAGGACGGCGACAAGGCUCGGCUGGACAUCGGCAGCAUCCGAGAAGUCCGAACCGGUAAGAGCACCGAGACCUUCCUGCAUAACGGCCCUCUCUCGGAACACCUGGCUGAGGAGGCGGCCUUCUCCAUCAUCCAUGGCGAAGUCUACCAGUCCCUGGACCUGGUGGCGCUGUCGGCCGACGUGGCUAACAUCUGGGUGACGGGCCUCCGCUACCUGCUGGCGCACCCGUCCGUCAUCGGCGGGGCCGCAGGGAGCUUGGGCGAAGGAGGAACCAUGGAGGGCAGCCUGGGCAGCAAGCUGAGGAGCGAGUGGCUGGUGGCCGAGUUCGCCCGGGUGGACGAGGACGGCUACGGGAUUGUGUCGGAGGACGUGGCAGUGGCAACCAUCUGUAAACUGUGUCCUGGAAUCAAGGAAGCUAAGGUACGUCUUCGCUUUAAGGAGAUCCAGCGCAGCAAGGAGAAGCUGACCUCCCACGUCACGCACGAGGAGUUCCAGGAGGCCUACUGCGAGCUAUGCACCCGCCCCGACGUCUACUUCCUCAUGGUGCAGCUGUCCAAGGACCGCGAGUAUCUGGACCCUCAGGACCUGCGCCUCUUCCUGGAGACGGAGCAGGGUCUGUCCCUGGCCACGACAGAGGGCUGCUUGGAGCUCCUGAGGCGCUACGAGCCCUCAGAUCAGGCCAAGGAGAGGGGCUUCCUGGGCUUGGACGGCUUCGCCCGCUACCUGCAGUCCCACGAGUGUCAGCUGCUGGACCCGGAACACGAGGGGGUCUGCCAGGACAUGAACAUGCCGCUGUCCCACUACUACAUCAGUACCUCCUACCGGUCCUACCUCCUGGAUGAUCAGGUCCAUGGCAGGGCGGACCUUGGCGGUCUGAUCAAAGCCCUGCAGUCUGGUUGCCGCUGCCUGGAGCUUGGAGUCACCGACGGCCCGGAAGGAGAGCCUCUCCUCGGGGUGAACUACGGUCCUGACAUCUCCUGUCACCACCAUCACCAUCAUCAGCAGCACCAUCACCACGUGCCAGUCACCAUCCGCUCCGCUCUGGAGGUGGUCAACAAGUACGCCUUCCUGACCUCGCAGUAUCCUCUUCUGGUCUACUUGUGUCAGCGCUGCACACCCGGCCAGCAGCGCACCAUGGCACAACAUAUGAAGAAGGUGCUGGGUUCCCGACUCUACACUCCAGAGUCUUUACCCGUCAGCCUGGGAGGACGAGCCACGACCCUUCCGUCCCCCGAGCAGCUGAAAGGACGCAUCCUCAUCGUGGGCAAGAAGCUUCCUCCAGAGCACGAAGGCUCAGAUGGGGAGGUGUCUGAGGAGGAAGAGGAGGUAGGAGGCGGAGGACCUCUGGCUGGACGUAGAAUGACCAUCCCGGGUGAGGAGGAUCUGGGCGUGGUCUUGGUGGUCCCGCCUCCCUCUCAACCCAGGAAGCUCCGCCUUCACAAAGACCUCUCUGACCUGGUGGCCAUCGCCCGCACGGGCAGCCGCCACUUUUACGCCCAGAGAGCUGCUCACAAGCAGCGCUCGCCGCCCGGCAGUCCCAGCUCUCCCAGCACCCCCUCGGCCGCAGAGAACCCCUACUGGACGCUCUGCUCCCUAGGCGAAGGCGAAGGCGGGCGCCUCACCACCGAGAGCCCGGAGGACCUGGUUAUGUUCACCAAGCGCACUCUGACCAGGGUGCGGCCCAGCUCGGUGCGCCUGGACUCCAGUAACCCCAACCCGCAAGGGUACUGGAAAGGAGGGGUGCAGCUUGUGGCCUUAAACCAGCAGACCCCCGGCGCCAUGCUGGACCUUCACAAAGGACGCUUCUCUCAGAACGGAGGGUGCGGGUACGUUCUAAGACCCGCCGUCAUGAGGGACGAGGUGUCGUACUUCAGCGCUCAUACGCAAGGAUGCGUGCCUGGGGUGCCGCCUCAGACUCUCCGCAUUAAGGUCAUUAGUGCCCACAACCUACCCAAACCUCAGGGAUCGGGCGCCAAGGGGGAGGUCAUUGACCCCUAUGUGGUCCUGGAGCUUCACGGCGUUCCUGCCGACUGUGCAGAACAACGCACGCGCACGGCACUGCAGAACCAGGACGACCCCCUCUUUGACGAGACCUUCGAGUUUGAAGUGAACAUGCCCGAGCUGGCCUUACUGCGCUUCGUGGUCCUGGAUGACGACUACAUCGGCGACGACUUCAUCGGCCAGUACACCGUGGCGUUCGAGUGCCUUCAGUCGGGCUACCGCAACGUGCCGCUGCUGGGCCUGAUGGGGGAGCCCUUGGCCCACGCCAGCCUCUUUGUCCACGUGGCCGUCACCAACAGGCGGGGGGGCGGCAAGGCCCACCGCCGCGGUCUGUCGGUGAGGAGGGUGGGUCGGCGUGGGCGGGAGUACGUCACGCUGAGGCACACGGGCAUCAAGAUGGUGGACGAGGCCUUCAAGCUGGCCAGUGUGCCCCUGAAGGAGGUGAUGGACCUGAGGGAGGAAGCUCAGGGCACCAUCGCCACUUUCAAAGAGCAAUGUGGGCUCCCCACGGUGGCCAAACUCAAGCAGUGCAUCCACAGCCUGGCCACCCGGCUGCAGAGCCCCGAGGGCGUCAGGGGGGCCACCAUGGUGCUGAAGGAGGGGUACCCGUCUUUAGAGGCCCUGGUCAGCGUCUCCGAGGCCACGCGCAAACUACUCACCGCCUACGAAACGAUGAUUGCCGCACAGAAGCAGCUGAUUGAGAACGCUGAUGGCGUCCAGGAGAGGAUCGCUCAGGUGCAGAAAGAAGGCAUGGACUUCCAUGAAGACUUGUCCCGGCUAGGGGAGAAGGAGGGACUGAAAGGAUGCAAGCUCAGCAAAGCUGUGGAAAGUUUCACCUGGAACAUCACUGUACUUAAGGGUCAAAGCGACCUUCUGCGCGGCGCCAAGAUGGACUCCUUGGAUGCGCUGAGGCAGGUGGCCCUGGCCUGCGAGGCCUCCGGACUCACCUCACCUUCCUCCGACUCCUCGCGCUCGGCCACCUUUUCCAGCGCCGCGGCCGAGCUGCACUUCACCUCGCAGGCCUCUAGCGGGCGCCGUGGCAGCACGCACAGCAACGGGCGCGUGUGACGUCGACGCUGGCGAGCGGUCGGUGUGUCCGAGCCUCACGGGGGUUUCCUUGUCUCGCCUGUCCUCAAGGUCCUCGCUUUCUUUUCUGACGGAACGUUCCAGACUCAACACUGUAACGCUGGCGCAGCACAAUUUCGUAAAUGCUAGCGAAAUUAGUGCUAGCAAGGCACACAUGCUUCUUUUAAGGUUCUUCAGCUUUUUUAAAAAAAACAACCUUUAACCCACAAAAACUUUAUUGGUUUAUUUUAACCGACCAAAGAACAUUUUUGGUACCGUCCACUGCAAAAUAAAUCUGUAGAUUGUGUAGUAAAAUUUUGCUAGCUCAGAUGCCAGCAUUUUACCAUAAAAAUAACAGUGGUAACGUUUUUAAAUUUACAGUAAUGCAUCGUGAAAACAACCGCAGAUUUUACAGUAAAAAAAUGUGCAGCUCAUUUGCAAGAAUUUCCCCGUAAACACCUGUGCCGUAUUUCCUUUUACGGUAAUGCACUGUGAAAACGACAGGAAAUUUUACGAUAGGAAAAAACUUGCAGCUCAGUUUCCAGAGUUUUAAUACAAAAAUAUCAAUGGUAUAGUUUUUAAAUUUACAGUAAUGCACUGUAAGAACAACUGACAUAAAUUCCUCAGUGAAAACAUUUAACUUGCAGCUCAGUUGCCAGAACUUUUAUUGCGAAAAUAAUAGCUGUACCAUAUUUCCAUUUACGGCAAUUCACUAUAAAAAAAUUGUCAAAGAUUUUACGGUAAAAAACACUACUGUCUUAGUUUUUAUAUUUUUUAAUUUUCCAUUUACAGUAAAACAUCAUGAAAACAGCGAUCGAACAUUUUACGGUAAAACAACCUACCAAUUUAGUUUUCAGAGUUUCAACCUAAAAAUAUCAAUGGUAUUGUUUUUACAUCUACAGUAAUGCCCUGUAAAAACAACCGCAGAUUUUACGGUAAAAAAAAUUUGCAGCUUAUUUGCCAGAAUUUUAUCACAAAAAUAAGUGGUACCAUUUGUUUCCAUUCACAGUAGUACACUGUAAAAAACAAACGGUUAAAGAAAACUUGCAGGUUUUUUUCAGAGUUUUAAUAUAUAAAGUUUUUAAAUUUACAGUAAUGCACUGUAAAAACAACUGUCAAUUUUAUGGUAAAAAAAAAUAUUCGGGCUCAGUUGCCAGAAAUGUACUGUAAAAAGAACAGCCAGACUUUUUUUUUUUGCAUUUACAGUAAUGCUGUAUAAAAACAACGAUCAGACAUUUUACAGUAAAAAAUUGGCGUCUUAGUCUUUGGAAUUGAACAUUUUCUAUUUGCAGUCAUGCAGUGUGUAAAUAAACACCAGAAAUUAAGCGGUAAAAAAUUUUUGCAGCUCACUUGCCAGAAUUUUACCGUAAAAAUAACAAUGGUACCGUUUUUUGCAUUAACGGCAAUGCACUGUAAAAAAAACGACACUAAAUUUUACUGUAGAAAAAAACAACUAGCAGCUCAGUUACCGGAGUUUUGACGAAAAUUAUUAGUAGAACCGUUUUAAAAUGUACAGGAAUGCAAUGUGAAAAAAAUUACCUGAGAUUUUACGAUAAAAAACUAAAAUUAUUAGUAGAACCGUUUUAAAAUGUACACGAAUGCAAUGUGAAAAAAAUUACCUGAGAUUUUACGAUAAAAAACUAAAAUUAUUAGUAGAACCGUUUUAAAAUGUACACGAAUGCAAUGUGAAAAACAUUAUCUGAGAUUUUACGAUAAAAAACUAAAAUUAUUAGUAGAACCGUUUUAAAAUGUACACGAAUGCAAUGUGAAAAAAAUUACCUUACAUUUUACGAUAAAAAACUGGAUACUUAGUCUGCAGGAUUUAAAAUGUUCCAUUUACAGUCAUGCACUGUGAAAACAGCGACCAAAGAUUUUAGGGUAAAAUAAAUAUUGCAGUUUAGUCUCCAGAUUUUCAACCUAAAAAUAUCAGUGGUAUCAUAAUGCACUGUAAAAAUAACAAACAUCAAUUUUAUGGUAAGAAAAUUGCAGCUAAUUUUCCAGAAUUUUACCAUAAAAGUAACAAUUAUACUGAUUUUUUCCCCCCAUUUUUUCCCAGUAAUUCACUGUAAAAACAAGGUCUGGAUAUUUUACAGUAAAAAAAGUCGCACUUCAAUUUCCAGAAUUUUACCGGACUGAAAACUAUUUUUGGUACCGUACACUGUAAAAUAAUUCAGUAGAUUUGAUGGUGAAGUGAAGUGAAUUAUAUUUAUAUAGCGCUUUUCUCUAGUGACUCCAAGCGGUUUACAUAGUGAAACCCAAUAUCUAAGUUACAUUUAAACCAGUGUGGGUGGCACUGGGAGCAGGUGGGUAAAGUGUCUUGCCCAAGGACACAAAGGCAGUGACUAGGAUGGCGGAAGCGGGAAUCGAACCUGCAACCCUCAAGUUGCUGGCACGGCCGCUCUACCAACCGAGCUAUCCCGCCCCUGGUAUAAAAAAACUGGAAGCUCCCUUGUCUGAAUUUUACUGUAAAAACAAUAACAUACCAUUUUUUUCUCCCAUUUACAGGAAUGCACUGAAAAAACAAGGACCAGAGAUUUUACAGAAAAAAAGCUUUUCUGGAAAUACAUUUACACAAAUACAUUGUAGAAAUAUAACCGACAAUUUUACAGUGCAAAAAACUUGUAACUCAGUUUCCAGAGUUUUAACAUUAAAAUAUUGGUGAUAUAUUUUUUAUUUAUUUACAGUAAUCCAUUAUAAAAUAACAACCUUGCAGGUCCGUUAAAAUAAUUUUACUGUAAAAAUAACAAUUGUACCUUUUUUUCAUUUACAUUAAUGCACUGUGAAAAAGAUGGAAAUUUAACGGUUAAAAAAACCUCGUAGCUCAGUUUCCAUUAUUUCAACCCAAAAAUAUCGACGGUACCGUUUUUUUUUUGCAUUUACAGUAAUGGACUGUAAAAACGAGGACAGUAAAAAACAGUUCCAAAAAUGUUACCGUAAAAAUAAUUGUGGCAUCUUUUUUAAAUUUACAGUAAUGCACUGAAAAAACAACAAACGUGGAUUACACAGUAAAUAAAUCUUGCUGCUCCUUUGCCAUAGUUUUAUCAUAAAAAUAACAGUUGUAACAUUCUUCAGGUUACAGUAAUUUGGUGUAAAAAUCGUCAAACAUUUUAUGGUCAAUUCUGGGGACUGAACUGCCAGUGUUUUACCGUUAAAUCUACAGAUUGAUUUUAUAGUGUAAUUGUAAGAGUUAAAAGUUACACAAAGGGAAAACUUAAUAUUUUUUAAUAUUUUGUACAAUGUAUCAUUCAAAUUGAAUAACAAGAUAAUAUUAUUUGGGAACAGUCUUACAUUUCUGCAAUUGUCUUUGCUUGAAAUUUAAAAUGUUUAAGUGUUUAAAAGAUAAAAUAAUUUAUCAAUAUAUUUUUAUUACGAAAAAAAUAGAAUAUAUAUUUAAAUUUAAAAAAAAAAUACUGCCCCCCACCAAUUAUUUUUUUGAGAAGUUAAUUUUGUUGAUAAAGAGAUUAAUGUAAAUGAGCGGCACUAUUGGCCGGCAGAAGGACUUUGAUGUUCUGCAUUUGUCAAGUUGAAACGUGAGGGCGGGUAACUGGAGCGUGUGGCACAGGUGUGGGUCACAUGAGCCCGUGUAAAUACAGACUGUACAUGAAUGUAGCAAUAAUAACUGUAGACACCUGGCAACUAGAGCGCGCGUUGCUAAUUGACUCUUUGAAUGUUUGCUAACAGCCUGUUGAUGAUGCUUACUAACUUUGGCCUUUUUUCAGUGCAAAUAUGAGUUUUAUUAUUAAUAUCAAUAUCAUUACGUCUUAUUUUUACCUUGAUGUGUGUUUUAACCUGAACCGUACAAGCUGGGGGUAGUAGAUCGUGUUUCUUAACACUCCACACCAAUAGGGGGCGGCCUGUCCAAAGUUGAAACAUAUCUGUCCCUAUUUUUCAUAUUUCUGCAUCCGAGGCAUAAACUUUCAUAUUUUAGAAAGGAAAGAGCAAAUUUGUUUGCGUUUUGGUCAGCAAAGGUAGGGAAGGUACGAAUGUAACAGUCAGAGAUCCUCUAAUUGACAGGAGAGCUAUGCAGUUUUUUAGGAUAGACUGCAAAAAAUAUUUGUCAAAGAUCCCCUAUGUGACAGGGACACUCUACUCUUUUUGAGGAUAGACUGCAAAAACAUUUGUCAAAGAUCCUCUAUAUAAAAGGUGCACUCUGUUAAAAGUCAAAGAUCAUUAAUAAGACAGGAUUGCUCUGCUGUUUUGAGGGUGUACUCGAAAACUGCUCGUCAAAGAUCCACACAGGAUAGUGCUGCUAUUUUUAAGGACCUUCUUCAAAAUCACUGGUCAAAGAUGCUCUAUGUCACAGGAACACUCUGUUGUACUAUGGAAAGUCUAGUCAAAUAUCCUUAAUAUGAUAGGAGCACUCUGUUGUUUUGAGGGUGUACUGCAAAAAUGUUAGUCAAAGACCCUCUAUAUGACAGGAGCACUCUGUUGUACUACAGAAAUGCUACUCAAAGAUCCUUAAUAUGACAGGAUUGCUCUGUUGUUUUGAGGUUGUACUGCAAAAAUGUUAGUCAAAGAUCCUCUAAAUGACAGGAGCACUCUGUUGUUUUGAGGGUGUCCUGCAAAAACGUUUGUCAAAGAUCCUCUAUAUGACAGGAGCACUCUGUUGUACGACAGCAAUGCUACUCAAAGAUCUUAGAUAUGACAGGAUUGCUCUGUUGUUUUGAGGGUGUACAGCAAAAAUGCUAGUCAAAGAUCCCCUAAAUGACAGGAGCACUGGUGUUUUGAGGGUGUCCUGCAAAAACGUUUGUCAAAGAUCCUCUAUAUGACAGGAGCACUCUGUUGUACGACAGCAAUGCUACUCAAAGAUCUUUAAUAUGACAGUAUUGCUCUGUUGUUUUGAGGGUGUACAGCGAAAAUGUUAGUCAAAGAUCCUCUAAAUGACAGGAACAUUGUGUUGUUUUGAGUGUGUCCUGCAAAAAAGUUUGUCAAAGAUCCACUAUAUGACAGGAGCACUCUGUUGUACUACAGACAUGCUACUCAAAGAUCCUUCAUAUGACAGGAUUGCUCUGUUGUUUUGAGGGUGUACUGCAAAAAUACUGGUCAAAGAUCCUCCAAAUGACAGGAACACUCGUUACAAGGAUGGCAGGGGAUGCAAAACAAUAACAUAUACCACCAUUAUUUAUUAUUUGCUUUUUAAAUUAUAUCUCAAUUCUGUACACUGCUGCUGGAAUUUUAAUUUUACUGAGGGAACUGUCCUGAAUGAAUCUAUAAAGUACUAUCUAUCUAUCUAUCUAUCUAUCUAUCUAUCUAUCUAUCUAUCUAUCUAUCUAUCUAUCUAUCUAUCUAUCUAUCUAUCUAUCUAUCUAUCUAUCUAUCUAUCUAUCUAUCUAUCUAUCUAUCUAUCUAUCUAUCUAUCUAUCUAUCUAUCUAUCUAUCUAUCCAUCCAUCCAUCUAUCUAUCUAUCUACAGACAUGCUAGUCAAAGAUCCUUAAUAUGACAGGAGCACUCUAUUGUUUUGAGGGUGUACUAUACAUAUGCUAGCCAAAGAUCCUCUAUAUCAGUGUUUUUCAACUUUUUGAGCCAAGGCACAUUUUUUUCAUAAAAAAAAUACGGAGGCACACCACCAGCAGAAAAGGUUAAAAAAAUUAAACUCCACCAGGUUGUCUGGCCUUAUUUUGAGUUUAUUGUUGUUUCCUGUGUGCCAUGCUUUAGUUCCUGUCUUGCGCUGUUAUUUUGGUGACAUUUCCUGUUUUGUUGGUGUUUUCCUGUAGCAGCUUCAUGCCUUCUUUUGAGUGCUAUUUCCCGAACCUGCUUUGUUUUCGCAAUCAAAACCAUCUAAGUUGUGCGUAGACCAUCCGUCUUUGUGGGGUCAUUGUUGAUUGUCAUGUGAAGUACGGAUGUACUUUGUGGACGCCGUCUUUGCUCCACGCGCUGUAAGUUUUUGCUGUCGUCCAGCAUUCUGUUUUUGUUGACUUUGUAGCCACUUGAGUUUUACUUUUGUUUUACAUAGCUAUCCCUAUGCUUCAGUGCCUUUUCCUCGCUGGACCUGCCUUUUUGUUGAUUUUUGGUUUAAGCGCUACAUACCUUUUUACCUGCACGCUGUCUCCCGCUGUGCUCUGCAUAUUGGGAUCACGACAAACCAUCCUUGACGCGUUCCAACAACGCAAUGAACUACCUGCUGCCACCUACUGAUAUGGAGUAUUUCAAGAUUACCCUGCCAAUCUCUAGACAGCACAGGCACUAGACAAUAGCACAUUAUUAUGAUUAUAGAUAUGUCCAAAAAAUUUUGGGGACCAAUUAGGGGAAGUUGCAUAAUUUCCCACGGCACUCCAGACAAUAUCUCAUGGCACACUGGUGUGCCGCAGCACAGUGGUUGAAAAUCACUGCUCUAUAUGACAGGAGCACUCUGUAUACGACAGAAAUGCUAGUCAAAGAUCCUUUAUAUGACAGGAUUGUUCUGUUGUUUCGAGGGUGUACUACAGAAAUGCUAGUCAAAGAUCUGCCGUAUGACAAGACGAGAGUGUUGCUAUUUUUAGGCCCUACUCCAAAAUCGCUAGUCAAAGAUCCUCUAUGUGACAGGAGCACUCUGUUGUACUACAAAGAUGCCAGUCAAAGAUAAUUUUUAUGGCUGCACUACAAAUAUUUUAGUCAAAGAUCUUCCACACUAGAGCCCUGUGUUGUUUUAAGGAUGUAGAGCAAGAACGCGAGUCAAAGAUUGUCCAUAUGACAAGAUGAUUCCCUCUUAAUUAUCGGGAAUGUACUGUUGAUUGGCUAAAGUGGACUCUCGGGGCCCUGGAGGUCUGAUGUCUGACCUGCAUGAAUGAUUAAUAGUUCAGCGGUAAAACAAACCACAGUAUUAUCUUUCCCAGUCCCGCUGACACGUUGUCACAGAGCUAACAGGAUGGAUCCACGUACAGUAAAGUACAAAACACGGCAAAGAACGCUUGGUGGGUCGCUGGUUCAAGUUUCAGUAAUUAAGCCUGACCUGAAUUUAGGUGAAACCUUGUUUUCAGAAUAAUUCAUUGGGAGUGUAACUGAACUAUAGUGUGCUUACAAACAGGAUCAGCUAGCUACAUCGUUUCACUAACGUUAGCCUUGUUUGGCUGUGCCAUUGUUUUAAUGAGCUCCAAAUUACGACGAUCAUAGAUAGGAUAUUCGACAGAAGAGCAGUUAUUCAUGCUGUGUUCCAGAAAACUCGAAAGUCUGACAUUUCCGAUAAUUUCCAAUAAAAUUAAAUUUAACGUUGAGAUCUUACCGAUAAAAAAAGAAUAUGCGUACCCUGACAAUAACAAGAUGCAAUAUUCCGAUUGACAGUUGCCCCACCAAAAGUAUUUUGAUAUUAUGUUAUUUAUCAUAACUUAUUGUUCAUUAUGCCAGUUUUGUGAUUGAGGACCAAAGCUAACUGAAAAUACCAACAAAACAAACGCCAAUUUAUCACCGAUGUCAGACAUCUUUUUUGUUUAUGCUGAAUGCCCUUUAAACACAUUUGCAUAAAUGAUUAUUCAUUUCUGCUAAUUGUUUGAAUCUCGUUAACAAAUCAAUGUACCCCGACAUUAGUGGAAUGCAUUAGUCUGACUAAACACUAUACUCUACGUGUAAACUGUUGAUCAUAAUUUAGUAUUUCUAUGCUAGGUAUCACUAGGGGGCAUAUGUGCUCGGUCGGCCUAUUUAUCAGUAUUUUUUGUUUAUAUUAGAUAUCACAAUAUAACAAUCAGUUCCUUUCAAGAUGUCCCCAAAAAUGUAUUAUCUUUUGUAUCCUCGGUUACGUAUUCUUCGACGUGGAUUUUUCCGACUUCCCGUUAGUUUCGAACGCGGCAUGUAAUGUAGUUCACUUGCUAUAAUGUCCUGUAUUACAUGUUUACAGCCACUAGGGGGACUGUGUGUAUAAGCAUGUAUUAGUUUUGCUAGACGUCGCAGUGCAACACAACCAGUUCGUAAAACUUUCAAAAAUAUCGGAAAUAACAGAUUAUCUCUGGACAAACAAAUACUAUUUUAGUGCUGUUAUCUGACAUCUUCUUUAAACCUUGCUUACGUAUUAUUUGUCGUGGAUUUUUCCGGCUUCCCAUUAGUUUUGAAAGCGGCAUAUAACGUGGUCCACUUGUUAUAAUGUUCUGUAUUACAUGGUUACAGCCACUAGGGGGUUUGUGUGCAUAAGUAUUUAUUAGUUAUGCUAGACAUCGCAAUGUAGAACAACCAGUUCGGUAAAAUAUUCGGAAAAAACAGAUUAUCUUUGGACAAACAAAACAUACUAUUGGGCUGUUGUCGGACAUCUAUUUUAACCCUGGUUACGUAUUAUUCAACGUAGAUUUUUCGACUUCCUGUUAGUUUCAAACAUGGCAUAUAAUAUAGUCCACUUGCUAUAAUGUCCUGUAUUACAUGUUCACAGCCAGUAGAGAGCAUGUUUGCACAUUAUUUAUUUGAUAUGUAACAUAUUACUCUCCAUUCCAAAUAUACCGUAUUUCCUUGAAUUGCCGCAGGGCAUAUAGUAUGCGCCUGCCUUGAAUUACUGCUGGGUCAAACUCGCUUCGCAAAAUAAUUAGCGCAUGCUUACUAUUACCGCCUGGUCAAACUCGUGACGUCACAAGUGACACUUUCCCUGUCAUCAUUUUCAAAGCCGGUAAUUUGAAAUCGCAUAAAGGGAAGAAGAUUAAGAGCUAUUAAGUAGGAUUUAAGGUCCAAGCUUACAUCACACUCUAAUUUGUACUGCAUGCCUUUGGUAAGUGCCGAAGUGAGAAGAGGUUUUAAAAUAAUUAGCGCAUGCUUACUUUUACCUCAUGCCUUUGGUAAGCGCGGGAGUGAGAAGAGGUUUUAAAUUAAUUAGCGCCCCGGCCCGGCGGCAAUUCAAGGAAAUACGGUAUAUGUUUUAUCAUCAAAUUUGUUUCGGCUAGAUGAAAUAAUCCGACCAAUAUUUUUGCAGUAUUAAAACAUGAGUAUUUACCUCCUAAAAAGAAUUUAGGUCCUGGAUAUCCUGCACAACCUCAGCAGAGGAACCACUAAAUCGCGACUCUGACUGUUAUUUUUGUGAUUAUUCCCUGAGGCAGGAUGCUGCGUUAAGGUGCCCUACAUUACCCACGUGUCUUUAAACCAUAGGUACCUCUCUCUUCAGGUGUGUGCUCGUUAAAACCUAUUUGUACCUGUCAUUGUGACGUGGACAAUGUUGUCGAUGAUGAUUUGUACCGCCACCUGUGGCGUCUGCAGUGUACGUCGUUGCUGGCUUUAACCCUUGACCCAGUGUUGCUACUGCAACUGUUUUGACACUGACUUUUACAUGUAUUGUUCUUUUGUAAAAUAGAAUAAAGACCAAAAGAAACUAUUUAUUGACGUGUAUUUUAAGAGAUUUAAAUAAAUAUGGUUAUUAAUAGCAACUAAAUGGACUUUGCUUUUAUUUUGAAAAGCUUUUCUAUCUCAACAGGCAUUCAAAUGUAAAAAGAGUACUGUAUGUAAUCCUACUUAUGAAAUAAAGUGAUCUUUGUAUGAUUAAA